AUGCCAAACUGGUCCUUAGUCAAAAUCAAGGAACUUUUUAGAGAGAGAGUCUUCUCCACCAGAACUCCGUCUGCUCUUGAGCUGUUGAAAAUGAAGUUUCUGGAUUGGUAUGUAAAGAUUGCACUCGGGUCGGCUCUGAUUGGAGCUUCCAUGGAGUUUUUCAUGAUCAAAACCGGCUUCUAUGACAAAGUAACUGUUUUGGAGUCAGAGAAACGGGCUUGGGAGAAUUCACCGGAGGCUCAGGCAAUCAGAGAUGCUCUGAAUCCUUGGAAAAAUCGUGAUGCAGAAGCGAGGAAAGAAUCCUAAAUUGGAUGGCAGCAUGUUCAUAAGGAAGAAGAUAACAUUAUUAGCGGGGGAUCAUUCUGAAAAUACUGACAAGAAAUUGCACUGUUUCUUCUGAGUAGAACAAAGUGAGAGACGACCUCGAUCAACCUGAAAAUUAUUUCAUUCCUCCGAUUUCUGUAAUUUCUAUUCUUGUUGUCCUGGUUACUUGAUCAACAAUUUUGAUGAAUAUGUUCAUGUAGCCUUUUCGAUUGGUUCUUGUAAGCAACUACAGCUCCGAAUGAUCGAAACAAAAGUUCUAUUACUCGUAAACCUUUAGCAUGUGUGCCAUGGCUAUGAAGCUAAAACCUUUGCGCCAUGGAAGAAUAGCUUGUACUAUCUGGCCGACAUUUUUAUGGCCUCUGUAAGUAAAUUCAGGGUGUUCAAUCAACCUGACUGUUGCUCUGAUAA